GUAUAAAUUGGUCUGGGUAGUGAAAUGGGAAUACGGUUGGAUUCAAUCAAUUUUUUUGUCUCGUCAGUUCGGUAAAUGUGCUAAGUGCAAGAACCAGGAUCAUGCGCGAGCGCGCUCCUCUGGAUGUCUUCUCUUGUAUUUAUAAUUUCGUUGAUUAUCGACGUUUCCUUGUCGGUCCUCGCUCAUCAAAUCUCAGCUCCAGCUCCUAGAAAUCACUCCACGUUACUGGUUAAACCUUCGUCUGCUCUAUCUUCAUCUCUUGAUCAAUUGCGUAUCGCUCUUUUACUUUGCCAAAGUCUCUCAAACACAUUUGUUUUUGGAGUAUCUACUCCAUAUUCAUUUCUAUUAUUCCGAUGGUUUGCUGUUUUGCUUGAUUUGCGCGUCUUCCGCAAAUUGCGCGGACUGCGCGGACUGCGCGGAUUGUGUAGAUUAUAUAGAUUGUGUGGAUUGUGUGUGGUUCAAGCUGCUAGAGUUUGUAUAUAGUAUUGACAUCAAUAUCUCCUAAGUAAUCAAAUCUCG